AUGGCGUCUCCUCAGAAGAUCCGCACCCCCAUCACCGAUCUUUUCAAGAUCAACCACCCCAUCCUGCUCGCCGGCAUGAACGUCGCCGCUGGCCCCAAGCUGGCUGCCGCCGUCACCAACGCCGGCGGCAUGGGUGUCAUUGGUGGUGUCGGCUACACCCCCGAGAUGCUCAAGGACCAGAUCGCCGAGCUCAAGGAGCACCUGACAGACAAGAACGCUCCCUUCGGCGUCGACCUGCUGCUGCCCCAGGUUGGUGGCAGCGCGCGCAAGACCAACUACGACUACACCAAGGGCAAGCUCGACGGCCUCGUUGACAUCAUCAUCGAGUCUGGCGCCAAGCUCUUCGUCUCUGCCGUUGGUGUGCCCCCCAAGCACGUCGUCGACAGGCUCCACGCCGCCGGCAUUGUCUACAUGAACAUGAUCGGCCACCCCAAGCACGUCAAGAAGUGCCUGGAGCUCGGCGUCGACAUCAUCUGCGCCCAGGGUGGCGAGGGUGGCGGCCACACCGGUGACGUCCCCACGACCGUCCUCAUCCCCGCCGUUGUCGACCUCGUCAAGGGCCACAAGUCCCCCGGCCAGCAGAUGGUCGUCGCGAAGGUCCUUACGCACCACCAUAUGACCACUGCUGCCGUAGUCCGUUUCAAAAGCUUCUGCCUCUCAGCGCAGCCCGUACGCAGCCCACCAGAAAAGCCAGCCUGGGACAAGUAA